AGAGAGAGAUGGGUUACAUCGCCCCCCAGGUGGGACUGUAUUCUGGACCCUCAUCAGCCCUUGAUCUGUAAAGGUGGGAUUGGGUGUAUUCAGGUCCCGACGGAGGUUCCGAAAUGAGGAGAAAACACAUGAGCUAUCACUUGUUUCUUUUUGGCGGGUGUGGGGGCGUGAUUCUCACUUGUACACCAUGUGAGAAAGGUGAGAUAGGAGUGAGAUAUACGAUCUCCACUCUCAUUGGUUAUGGCCAAUGUGACGAAGGACAAAUAGCUUUCCAUGGUCAGACACCCCCUUUUUUUGGUGCUGGCCACCCCCUUAGCGUUUCGAAUCCGAGGUCUGUGGCACAUUCUGCUGGAAUCAACCCAUCUAUGCUCAGACGAUAGAUCCACAGAGAAGGUCAACGUAUGAGGUUCAUGCCUUCUGACCGUACGCAACCAGAGGCC